CGCGGCCGCGGCGGGCCACACCAGUGCGACAGCGGGCGCGCGCGGGGCAGCUUCACAGUGCGCGCAGCACAGCCGCGGGACCGCGGGCCCGUGUGUCGGCAGCCAGUGCGAGCGGCCGCCAUUUUGGACUGGUCAAGUAGUAGUGCAUCCCCUGGACCCGCAGGUUCAGUGUGCUCAUCGACGUGGUGGUGGUGGAAGUGGCCCGCCAUCCCGGUGGUCAAGUGCGUCGUGGAGGCCCAUACGUCCCCCGUCGGCCGCGCCCCGCGCCGGGCCGCUGGCGCAGUGCAGUGCAUUGGAGGCCCGGCCCCGACGCCACUUGCAUACCAAACGACCGUGAAAUGCCAGUCGUCGUCCCGUCCUCAGCCCCCGCGCCGCACCCGGGCGCUGUCGCCGAGGAGUCCUGCGCGCUGCCCUCCGCGACGUCCUGAGCGUGCGACAGCGGCCAUCCGCCCCUGAGGACGACUCCAGACCAUGCCGGCCUGUGCGCCCCUUUCCCUGCAGCCCACCGACUCGGACCUGUCCCCGGGCGUCUCCGACAAGAGCGGCGGCACAGACUCCCCCUCGAGGACCACGUCGGCGGCCUCGUCCGCGACCACGGCCACGGCGCCGUCGUCGCGCCCCUCUAACGGCAUGGUGGCGCCCCGCGCGGUGCGGCCCGGCCUGGGGCCCGCCUCCCCGGGCUCCGGCAGGGCGCCCGCCUCCCCGCGAGGCUCCCCGAGGGACUCUCCGCACGGCUCCCUGUCGGACGAUGAGGACUGGGAGCCCGACGGCGACCCUGACGGCGACGCAGACGACUUGGCCUCCACGUCGGACGGUUUCUCGCUGUGCGCUGAGUCGGACGACGAGUCCAUCAGCUCCACUACCCGGCCCAGAACGUCGCAAAGUGGUCUGUCCCGCGGGUCGCCACUGGGCGUCACGCCGUCCCCGGCCGGCGCCUCGCUCAGCCCCGGCUCCGGGCUUGGCCCCGGCCGCAAGGGCUUCACCAACUCGAGGGAGCGCCACCGCCAGCAGAACGUGACGGGCGCGUUCGACGACCUGCGCAAGCUGGUACCCCGGCACCCGCCGGACAAGAAGCUCUCCAAGAACGAGAUCCUCCGCAGCGCCAUCAAGUACAUCAAACUGCUCACCUCCGUCCUCGAGUGGCAGAAGCAGGAGGCGCUCACCAACAACAACGACGCCAUGGUGUGCAACAACAACAACCACCUGACGGCGGUGUCUGUCAAGGUGGAGCCCCCCAGCUGGACCGCCAGCCCCGCGACCUCCACAUGCCCGACCAGGGCUCUUGCCAUCACGAAGCUGCCCGUGCUAUCAGCGACGUCCUGCCGGGUGGGCGGCGGGGCCACGUCGACCACCACAGUAACCACGUCGCUGUCCACGUGUCCGUCCCGGACGCAGUCGUCGCCCAGGUCGCGGAAUCCGGGCGGCGCGGCUGGGGGUGCGCUGCUCAGCGCCUACCUGGCCCGGCCAUGCGCGACGGCGCGGGGCCUACCUCUUCAAUCCAGCAGCUCCCCGCCAGCCACGGCAUCGACGGGGACCCCCACGGGCAGCACCCUGCAGCCCAAGACGGAGCCGGUGUCCCCGCCCAUCAAGAUGGAGGUCUCCGAGGAGCAAGAGGCCACGACGGCGCCACCCCUGCUGCUUGGUGGGCUGCCGCCACCACACCUGCAGGGCCAGGUCGACGCCAACGGCGGCGGCGCCAACUCCUCCUUCGGCAGGGGCCGCAGGGCCUGCUUGGGGAGCGGACCCCUGUUCGCUGUCAACGGCACCGGGAGGCCGGCGGCGGGGAGGGCGACAGGAUCGCCCAAGAAAAGGAUCAUCCGAUUUUAAAUAACAACGACUGAAGUUCCUAAAUAGACUUAAUCGCGUUGGUAAACUUUGUGUUCUGAAAUAUGGUUCAUACCGUCCCAACAUUUGACAGAACAGUGGUGCUUUCCUGAUUAUUGAUAUUAAGUAUGCCAGGUGGCUGAUUCACGCCGCGCACUUCUGUAGGUAUACUGUACCGCAUGCACGAGUGCGGGCGGGCUUGCCUAUCGCCCCUGUCCACGGCGCCUUACGAGCCGAGCGAGUAGGCAACCCGCCCGCACUUGUGCAUGCGGUACAGCAUAACUACAGAAGUGCGCGGCGUGAAUCAGCCACCUGGUACAUUUGUAAAAAUAUAUGGUGCGAGGCAUGAUUAGGUUACAGUAGUUCGCGUUUCUGAGUAAUAAAAUGAAUUUGUGUCACUAGACAAAUCCAAAUAA